GUUUACCCCGCCAGAGCAGCUCCAGGUCCGGCUCCGCACGGCGACGUCUCCCGCUGCCUUUCACCGAGUCUCCGAGACCCCACCACGGCCCCCCGGGACCUCAUACCUGUACCCCGCGCUGCCAGAUGGACGCACUGCACAGGAGGACGCCGCGAGCCAGACUCGGUCCUCUGAGAUGUUACUGAGCGACAACAAUGGGCCAGAGAAGGAAAUCCAGCCGCUGAGGCCAAUGAGCUGUUUUCCGCUCUCUGAAAAAACCACAGCAGCUACGCCGACUGACUGACGGAGCCAUGGCCCCCCUGGUGUUCUGAUCCUCCUUCCCCGACUGACCUCUGCACCUUUUCCUUCGGCCAUAUUGAAGACACUGCGUCCCUCGCAGCUCUGCGGCAGGUUCAGCAUGGCGACACCCUUUCUGUGGAAGCUGUCGUCCCAGAAGCUGGGCUUCUUCCUGGUCAGCUUCGGGUUCAUCUGGGGGAUGAUGCUGUUGCACUUCACCAUCCAGCAGCGGGCCAGCCACGAGAACAGCGCCGUGCUGCGCCAGCAGAUCCUGGACCUGAGCAAGCGCUACAUUAAAGCUCUGGCUGAGGAGAACCAGAGCGUCAUGGACGGACCGUAUGUGGGAACCAUGACGGCUUAUGACUUGAAGAAGACCCUGGCGGUGCUGCUGGAUAACAUCAUGCUGAGGCUCGGCAAGCUGGAGUCCAAGGUGGAAAACAUGUUCAACGGCACGGGAGGCAACCUGACCAACGGCAGCAGCACUGCCGCUCCCAGCGCCGCCAACUCCGAGAAAGUCAACGUCGCCGACCUCCUGAACGGAGCCCAGGAGAAGUGUGAGCUGCCGGCGUUGGAAGGUUUCCCUCACUGCGAGGCCAAGCUCAAGUGGAUGAGGGAAAUGUGGCGCUCGGAUUCCUGCUAUUCCAGCUACGGCGUGGACGGCUCCACCUGCUCCUUCUUCAUUUACCUCAGCGAGGUGGAGAACUGGUGUCCUCGUCUGCCCUGGAGGAUGAAGGCUCAGAUUGAUGACACGGACCGGAGAGGGAUGGCGGAGAUCCGGACCAGCUUUGACGGGCUUUACCGCUCCAUGUCGCAGCGGGAGGAGUUUCGCUGGAUGAUGCUGCGGAUCAAACGCAUGGCCGAGCCGUGGGUCGGCGCCAUCCGCUCCCUGGCCGCCAAGCAGAACCUGGGCAAGCGGCGGAGGAAGAAGGUCCUGGUUCACCUGGGUCUGCUCACCAAGGAGUCGGGCUUCAAGAUAGCAGAGAACGCGUUCAGCGGCGGCCCGCUGGGGGAGCUGGUGCAGUGGAGCGACCUCAUCACCACGCUGUACCUGCUGGGCCACGACGUCCGCAUCUCCGCAUCGCUGGCCGAGCUCAAAGAGAUUAUGCGAAAGGUUAUGGGGAACAAGUCCAGCUGCCCCACCCAAGGGGACAAGGUGGUGGAGCUGAUCUACAUCGACAUCGUGGGCCUCACCCAGUUCAAGAAGACGCUGGGGCCGUCCUGGGUCCACUACCAGUGCAUGCUGCGGGUGCUGGACUCGUUCGGGACGGAGCCGGAGUUCAACCACGCCCACUACGCCCAGUCCAAGGGUCACAAGACGCCGUGGGGGAAGUGGAACCUCAACCCGCAGCAGUUCAACACCAUGUUUCCUCACACUCCGGACAACAGCUUCCUGGGCUUCGUGGUGGAGCAGCACCUGAACGCCAGCGACAUCCGCCACAUCGACGACAUCAAGAGGCAGAACCAGUCGCUCGUCUACGGAAAGGUCGACAACUUCUGGAAGGACAAGAAGAAAUACCUGGACAUCAUCCACAGCUACAUGGAUGUGCACGGCACCGUGCACGGCACCAGCACCGUGCACCUCCCGAGCUACGUGAAGAACCACGGCAUCCUGAGCGGACGGGACCUGCAGUUCCUGCUGCGGGAGACCAAGUUGUUCUUGGGCCUGUCCUUCCCCUACGAGGGUCCCGCCCCCCUGGAGGCCAUCGCCAACGGCUGCGCCUUCCUCAACCCCAAAUUCACCCCCCCGAAGAGCAGCAAGAACACAGACUUCUUCAAGGGGAAGCCCACCCUGAGAGAGCUGACCUCACAGCACCCGUACGCCGAGGUUUACAUCGGCCAGCCGCACGUGUGGACGGUGGACAUCGAGAACCCUGCGGAGGUGGAGCGGGCGCUGCGCAGCAUCCUCAGCCAGAAGAUCGAGCCGUACCUGCCCUACGAGUUCACCUGUGAGGGGAUGCUGCAGAGAGUCAACGGCUUCAUCGAGAACCAGGACUUCUGCCACGGCCAGGUGAUGUGGCCGCCGCUCACGGCCCUGCAGGUGAAGCUGGCCGAGCCGGGCCGCUCCUGCAAGCAGGUCUGUCAGGAGGAGCAGCUCAUCUGUGAGCCGUCUUUCUUCCAGCACCUGAACAAGGACAAGGACCUGGCCAGGUUUGGCAUUGACUGCCAGACGGUGGAGUCCAGCUCCGACAUCUUGGUUCCGGCCUACAGCGACUCCCGCCACCACUGCGUCCUGCAGUCGGACCUGCUGCUGUUCAGCUGCGCCGGCGCCCACACCUCGCUGCGCCGCAUCUGCCCCUGCCGCGACUACCUGAAGGGGCAGGUGGCGCUGUGCACGGACUGCCUAUAGCCCCGCCCCUCGCUGGGGGGGGGCAGGAGGACAAUCACACACGGAGCAGACGGACAGAAACACUGACGCUCCGUGUUCGUUCCUCAUAUUUAUUGUUUCCCCGAGCAGCCGACUCCCCCGGCCCCCGGGGGGGCACCAGUCCAGGAAGCUGUGUGGAUUACUUGAAAGGACAAAGGGAGCCACCCAGACACAUAUCACACACCUCUGCCCCCCGGUGACCCCCCCACCCCCGUCCUCCUCCGACUCCUCCAUCCACUCCUACUGCUCAAGACUGAAACGGUUACUAUUUAGGUAGGUUUGCACUGGACCCCCCCCCCCCACACACACACACACACACACACAGUUUUACACUGUAACCAUCUUGUUCCUCUUCUCCACAAUGAAGAGCGCCGAUGAGUCCAGAUUUUUAUUUCUGGGAGUUUUAUCACUUCCAUAAACAUCCUGUAGACUUUAACCCCCCCCUUUCCUUGUUGUUUAAGUUGCACAAUCGCUUUAAACGACUUAAUUCAGAGUUGUAAAGACGAUCGAGCGUGUUUUUGCGGCUCUGCAGAAAGUGUAAGAGUUGUAGGAAUGUUUCUGAACUGCCGUAGAACACGCCGCUUCACGCAGCAGAACCUCGUCCACCGAUAAUCAUUCGGAUCUUAAUUUGCCGGCAAGCAGAGUGAAAACGCUUGAGGAUCGUAAAGUUGGCAGGUUUUGUGGGGAAAAAGGGGGAAAUGCACUAAGUGAAUCUAUUCAGAGGUUUAACAAGAAACUAGUGACACUGUAUAUUGUUCAUAAGGGUUUUGAAGUUUUUCCUUUUUGUAUUUAAUUUAUAUAAAAAGAUCUUUAUCUCUGUAUUUUGCUGGAAAUCUGUUGUUUUUUUUUUGGUUGUUUUUUUUUAUUUAUGGCAGGGGUGUCUUUUCCUUUUUUUUUUUCUUGAUGCAAGAUUUUUUUUAUUUAUGGAGGGUAAUUUAAGGAAAAUAAAAGAAGCAUUCAUGUUUCCGGUGCAUGAUGAGGAGGCUCUGCCUGCUGCUCGUCAGCUCUGAGAGGUGAUGGGAGGAGAGAUCUGGUUAUUCACCGGGGAGCUGGCCUGAUUGGAGAUAAAUCUGCAUCUGUGAGUCGAGAGAGGAAGCUGAGGCUGUUUGGAGGAUCAGGGAGUCAUGAGGAGACGAGGCUCACGGUACCGGAGAUGAUCCCCAUCAUUAGAGCAGCGCAGUACCACCUCUGACCACACGGGGGCAGCACACCACAGGAUUAUUGGACGAUGCAGCAAAGGCACGUCUGGUGGGGUAAAGUGGACGUAUUAGUGUUAGAGUAUUAGGGCUAUACAGGAGGAAAAAUACUUGAGAGGGGAAGAUUGUUUUUUUAUGGUGCACUUUGAGGAAAAAAGUCGAAAUGUCGAGAAAAAAAAUCGAAAGGUCGAGAUUAAUGUUG